AUGCCGACCAAGUCAUUCAUCUUCAUCGCCUUGGUGACCCUGGGCCAAGCCCGCUUCGGUCAGGAGGGUCUUGUUCAGGAGAUGAUCCAGGCCCUCCGUAACUUCGGCCCGCCGAGUGCUGGCGCUGCUGCCCUCGUCGCCGCUGAGAAGAACUUCAACCCGUUCGCCCAAUCCAUUCCGACGCUCUGCAGUGACGCCUCCCUUCCGCCACGCCGGAGCUCCGCGGCAUUAUCCCUCUCGUCGAUCCUGCCGUGGGCGGGGCGGAUGUUCAGAACUCCAAUUCGGCGCAAUCAGGGAUUCGAGAACUUCACUGCCGAGGCGCUUGAGACGAAGGAGAGCAGAUCUCCGGCGCCACGAACCACGGUCACGCCUUCGGAUGUGUGUGGGACCGGCUAA